AUGAGGAUCCACCCAACAUUUCACAUCUCCACAGUCAAGCUGGUCCGCGAGAGUACUUUGAUUACUGCUGUUCCUCCUCCUACACCGCCCUGGUUCAUCGACGGGGGUCCAGCCUAUAUGGUUCCUCGCUUGCUUCGGUCUUGCCGCCAUGGAAGAGGCCUGCAGUACUUGGUCACCACAUCCUUGAUGACCAACUCAUCAGGGACUUUCAUCGUUGCCACCUGGAUCAAUCCUCUAAGGCCCCAAUGCCUGCCAGGCUCCAAGGCACUCCAUUCCAGUAAAGCUGGAAAGGAGUGCCUCGGGGCAGAGCCCCGAGGACAGAAUAAUGAGGAGCUGAGGAUAGUGAUGGUGGGGAAGACUGGAAUUGGAAAGAGUUCCUCUGGAAACACCAUCCUGGGAAGACAAUGCUUUGAAUCAAAGUUCAGUGCUGUGUCUAUGACUACAGACUGUUCUAAGGGUACAGGUGAGGUGUUUGGACAACAGGUUGCUGUUAUUGACACCCCAGGCCUGUUUGACACGAGGUUUGACAAGGAAAAAACAAAUAAAGACCUAAGCCAGUGCAUCACUUAUGCUGCUCCUGGACCCCAUGUCUUCCUGGUGGUCAUCAGACUGGGAAGAUUCACUGAAGAAGAAAAGCAGACGGUGCAGAAGAUUCAAGAAAUCUUUGGCCAGGCUGCAGACAAAUACAGCAUGGUGCUCUUUACUGGUGGCGAUCUUCUUGAUACCACUAUUGAGGAGUUCUUGAGUGAAAGUCCAGACCUGCAGAAACUUAUAGCCAGAUGUAACGGCCAGUACCAUGUCUUCAAUAAUAAACUGAAGGAUGAAGCUCAGGUCUGUGAGCUGCUCCAGAAGAUCAGAGCUAUAGUCCAGGAGAACGGAGGAAGCCACUACACCAACGACAAGUUCCAAGAGGCUGCGAGGGCAGUCGAAGAGGAGAAACGACGCAUCCUCAAACAGAAGGAAGAACAAAAACGCAAAGAACAAGAAAAACUGGAGGCGAAAUUACAGGAAGAAAAUGAAAAAGAGAUGAAGAAAAUAAAUGCCCGACUCCAGGCUGAGAGAGAGAGGGAGAGGAGAGAGAGAGAGAAGGAAAUGAGGGAAUUGGAGGAGAGGGAGAGGGAGAAGGAAAGAGAGAGGCAGGAAAGAGAAAUAGAAAUGAGGAGAGAGAGAGAAGAGAGAGAGAGAGCAAUUGCAAAUAUGCAGAGACAAUUAGAGGAAAAACGUGAAAGAGAACUGGAAGAGGAAAGAGAAAGGCUGAGAAGGCAAAGACAGCAGCCGGAUAAUUGUACAAUUCUCUGA